CAGAAGUGAAUAGCAGGCGACCCGGAAGAUGAGAUCUGCCUGAAACAAGCCCGAAGAUCAUCGCAACCCUUUUAUUUUUUUUAUAAACCAAGUUUUUUUUAAAUUAAAAAAAAGACCCCUUUGCAAGCAAGUUGCCAUGGCUGAGCCACGAUUCAACAACCCGUAUUUCUGGCCUCCACCCCCCACGAUGUCAAGCCAGCUUGAUAAUCUGAUGCUGAUAAACAAGAUCAAGGAGCAGCUAAUGGCGGAGAAGAUCCGCCCGCCGCACAUGCCCCCCUCGUCCGUGCAAUCCCAGCAGCCCUUGCUGCUGCCGUCGACCUCGCAGAGUGGCCAAUCACCCCUGUCGAUCCUGAAGCCACAGCAGCUGUCGGACGUUCACACGCAGGCCCCUCAGCCGGAUGUGGCCCUCCACGCCAGACCUGCUACCAGUUCUGUAACAGGUAUUUUGAACUGGCUCAGCUUAUCUUCCCCUACUGCCACUUGUGACUCCAUCAGUGCGACAACCCCGAGCUUAGCCAGCCAGGGCCGUUCCGAGGUCUCUUCACCCACCUUGAUCUCCGGGCUGAUCACUCACCACGGCAUGGACCCUGCACACUCCAGCAAGAACGGCCUGGCCAACUCCCUGAAGAUCGAACGAGGCCGGAAGAAGAUAAAGGGUGAAAACUGCAUCGGGCCACCUGUGCUCGUGGUGCCGUACCCCAUUCUGGCUUCAGGCAACGAAUCCUCCAAGGAUGGGAAGACAUACAGGUGUAAAAUCUGCCCUUUGACCUUCUUCUCCAAAUCCGAAAUGCAGAUUCAUUCCAAGUCGCACACGGAAGCGAAACCUCACAAGUGUCCGCACUGCUCCAAGUCCUUUGCCAAUGCUUCGUACCUGGCUCAGCAUCUACGUAUCCACUUAGGAGUGAAACCCUAUCACUGCUCCUACUGUGAGAAAUCCUUCCGGCAGCUCUCUCACCUACAGCAGCACACAAGGAUUCACACCGGGGACAGACCAUACAAAUGUGCACACCCAGGUUGUGAGAAGGCUUUUACCCAAUUAUCAAACCUGCAGUCUCAUCAACGACAACACAACAAAGACAAGCCGUACAAAUGUCCGAAUUGCUACAGGGCAUACUCAGACUCUGCCUCACUUCAGAUCCAUCUGUCCACACAUACGGUCAAACACACUAAAGCCUAUUGUUGCAGCAUGUGUGGACGAGCCUACACCUCAGAGACAUACCUCAUCAAGCAUAUGGCAAAACAUACAGCAGUAGAGCACGCAAUGGACACCCACUCCCCUCAGAGAACGGAAUCCCCUAGUUGUCCUGUUCGGAUUUCCCUCCUUUAAUCAGCCCCAGUGUCAGAACUCCAGGAAGUGGACGCUCCAGGGCUAAGGUCAGGUGCUUUCUGCGGAUGGAUGAGGAGCUUUCCUUUUUCAUUUACCUCCUCCCGCUAUUUAUUCAGUCUCUGAGAAGAGGCCCAAUUACAGCAGAAACAUUCUCAUCAUUGUAGAGACUCCUAAAGACUCUUGAGCCUGAGUGUCAUCCAUUGCCGAGGAGGUGAGUGCCUGUAUCCCUUGGAUGAACACCUUCCGUUGCUGGGCAACGGCACUGGAAGCAAUGAUGUGAGCUACAGACUGGUAACUUCCUCAAUAAGGGCAUGGAUCGUACUGUCUAAGACUUUAUAAGCUGUGUCUGAGAGCACCACUUUUAUUAAUGUUUAAUAUGUCUUACUAUUACACAGGAAGACGAAGGAGGAAUCAAUUAGAUAUAGAAUUAU